UUAUCCCAUGGCACAAUUUGUCAUCGUACAAGAAGAAAUAAGCAAGUGGUGUAACGCAUUUGAAAAACAAAAGGAAAUGGUGGUUUUGUUGGAACUUGUUCAUCUUUAUUAUCAUCACCCACUACCCAACAACACUCACUCUUGUUCUGUUUCGUAAUAACAUGUUUGGAUUUUACUUGUGUUUCAAGUCUUUGGCCCGCUCUUAUUCUCCCUCCACUUCACUUCCUGACAAAACCAACUCCAAACAAAACAAUUUCGUGUUAAAAGAAUUCGAAUUUGUAGUCCGAGAAAUUCCAUAUUCUUCUGAUCACUCCAAGGGACAACAAAACAAAUGACGACAAAUUCAACCUCUUGUAUUGUCGCCAACGCAGCCUUGGGCUGGAAUUCAAUCCCUUUAUUUCCAAAUUUGACUGCUCUGUUUUCCUGCAGCGAAACCCUAAUCUUACUUACACGCACAUGCUUUUUCUUGACCUGCUUUUCAUGGAUUAGGACGGCUGGGUCUUCAAGUUUUUGAAUUUCUUCAAGGGGUUUGUUGGGUUUUUUCUGAAUUGUAAUACCCAGUUGUGAAUUUUAAUCCACUGUUGCUUUUCAUCAGUGAUUCUCUCAGAAUUUGUCUGGAAUGGCGCAAGAAGAUGGAGCAUCAUCUGUAUCGUCACCGAUUCAGUUCUUUCCGUGGAUGUCGCUAUCUCCGGGAUAUGGAUCGCCAUACCCAUGGCCGAGGGAGCUAAAAUCGGAAGAGAGGGGUUUGUACCUGAUUCAUCUGCUGCUUGCUUGUGCUAACCAUGUUGCUUCUGGAAAUGUUGAAAAUGCAAAUAUGAGCCUCGAGCAUAUCUCCCAUCUUGCCUCUGCUGAUGGUGAUACUAUGCAGCGUAUUGCUGCUUACUUCACCGAGGCACUUGCUGAUAGGAUUCUUAAAAGAUGCUGGCCUGGUUUGCAGAAAGCCCUCAAUUUUACGAAAAAAUCGUUGGUAUCUGAGGAAAUUCUUGUUCAGAGAUUAUUCUUUGAGCUCUUUCCGUUUUUAAAGCUUGCUUAUGUGAUCACAAAUCAAGCCAUUGUAGAGGCAAUGGAAGGGGAAAAGGUGGUACAUAUUAUUGAUCUCAAUUCAUCGGAACCUGCUCAGUGGAUUAAUCUGCUUCAAACAUUAAGUGCACGGCCUGAAGGCCCACCCCAUUUGAGAAUUACAGGUAUUCAUGAACAGAAAGAAGUGCUGGACCAAAUGGCUAAUCGGCUGACAGAAGAAGCUGAAAAGUUGGACAUACCAUUUCAGUUUAAUCCUGUUGUAAGCAAACUAGAGGAUCUAGACUUUGAAAGCUUGCGUGUUAAGACUGGAGAAGCUCUUGCUGUCAGCUCGGUUCUCCAGCUACACUCUCUAUUGGCAUCCGAUGAUGAAAUGCCUAAGCAAAAAUCGCCAUCCGCUGCAAAGAAUCCAAUUGCUAAUCACUUUCAGAGAGCUUUGCAGUUAAGCAAAAACCAAAAAACGUUAGGCGAGUGGCUGGAGAAAGAUUUCAUCCAUGUUUACAGCGCAAGUCCCGAUUCAGCAUUGUCCCCGUUAUCUGUAGCUCCUUCACCGAAGAUGGGCAGCUUUCUAACUGCACUCUGGGGUCUUUCACCAAAAUUGGUGGUGAUCACUGAGCAGGAAGCAAACCACAACUGUUUUACUUUAGCGGAUAGGGUAACAGAGGCAUUGAACUUCUAUGGUGCACUUUUUGAUAGCUUGGAGUCGAAUGUAUCAAGAACGUCAGUAGAGCGACAAAAAGUUGAGAAGAUGCUAUUCGGAGAGGAAAUAAAGAAUAUAAUUGCUUGCGAGGGCUGUGAGAGGAAGGAGAGACACGAGAAGCUGGAAAAAUGGAUUCUAAGACUUGAAUUGGGCGGGUUUGGAAGAGUUCGUUUGAGCUACCAUGGUAUGUUGCAGGCAAGCAGGUUUCUUCAUAGCUAUGGCUACGAUGGAUACAAGAUCAAAGAAGAGAACGGAUGUUUAGUUAUUUGCUGGCACGAUAGACCCCUUUUCUCUGUAUCUGCCUGGAGAUUCAGAACUUUUGAUUAAGACAUUAUCCACGGUAUGCAGAUACUGCUUCUUUUUGUUCUUUAAUACUGUUUCUUGUAUAAAGAAUGUUUAAAGUUUUAUGUGCAAUUGCAUAGUCUUCGCUGAAA